AUGGCAAGCUAUAAUGUAAGUGCAGUUGAAGGAGAUAAUUCUUGUAGCCCAGCAUGUAUAAAUGGCGGAUAUUGCCAAAAUCAAAUUUGUUUCUGUAAAUCACCUUAUGCUGGACAUUACUGUGAAGAAGAUCUGGGAAUUGUGACAAGGGUAAAUUUUUUCGUGCUGUUUUUGAUGAUAAUUGGAGGUUUGAUUAUUGGGUUUUUACUUGCUUUUGUUGUGAGGUUUAUAUGGGAUUGUCUGUGCAUUAGGGAACCUAAAAAACUUGAAGGAAGUGAAGAUGAAUGGAAAUCUUAA